AGGAGGGGGGGUCGCUCCUCAGCGCCCGAUCGUCUGCUGAAGCGGCUGCAGCCACCAGCCCGCCGCUCCCUCCCACUCUCCCGCAACGAGAUCCCGACUCAGAGACAGCCCAGACGACUGCAUCCUGCCCCCCCUCCGGCAUCCUGCUGCGGCUCGAGAUCCGGAACCCCCCCCCCCCGUCGGGCAGCUGUGGGUUGCAAAGUGAUCGCGAAAGGACCUCAAGCGGGAGUCUUUAGUCAGCGCCCAAGCCGAUCCAUCUGUGCAGCCGCCGCUGUUGGGGCUGGUGCCGCCGGCCAAUAGGCCGGUUCCUUUGUGGGGAAAGAUGGUGGCAGGAGCUGCGGCGCUUUUAACCAGUGCGCGCAAAGUCCGACGGUGAAAGAAAAACGCGCUGGAGCUACAGCAGGUCCCGCUCGUCACGGAGACUUCGCUUCGCUUUCCAAUCCGAGGCAAACCCUUCAGGGGUUACUAACUAAGGAGGCUUUGCGAUCCCGGUCGUUUAAUACCGUGGACUGGCGGAGCCUGUCAAAGUUCAAACGCCGAUCGAUUUCCCCCACUCGGCGGCGAAACUCGCCAAGCACAUGGGACUACCCGGAGGCGGAGCGGCCAUCGGGGAUUCACUGGCGCGGGAGGAGAUGCGGGCAGCGGCUUGAGCCGCGGAGUCAGUGACAGUGCCGGCGCCUGAAUAAUCUCCAGGUAUGCACUGAGACCGGAGAUUCCUGCGUGCUCUCUCCUUUGUAAAUUGUGAGGAGACGGUCAAACGAAGCCCGAGCUGACGUGGAUGGAUGAAUGAAAGGAGCAGAAACAAUCUCGUCUGUACUUAGUGUCUGCGGGAUGCAGCCGUUCGAACGAGCGGCUCCCACGUGGGUUGCGGCGGGCUAUUGAUUAAUCCUUGGUUGCCCCGUUAGACCUCGCUGACUCGAGUCCGGAAAGUGGGGGACCCUCAGAGCUUCUUCCUGUUCCCUUUAUGUGCACCCGCUCGGUUGCUUUACCAGUUGGAAAGAAGAACAAACUGGAAAGUAAAGACAAUCCAGCUUUUGAAAUGGAAAUCCAAUUUGUGCUGCUUUUUGUGGGGGCUCUUGUGUUUGCUGACUCUGUGAGAGGCCCCCCCAGAAUUUCUGAUAAAGUGAUCCAUCGGCAAUCUGUGAAAUUAGGAAGAACUAUCAAACUUCUUUGCCCAGUGGAGGGUGAUCCGCCACCUCUUACUAUGUGGAUGAAAGAUGGACGAACGAUCCACAGUGGGUGGACAAGGUUCAGAGUUCUCCAACAAGGGUUGAAAAUCAAAGAAGUGGAAAGUGAAGAUGCAGGAACAUACAUCUGCAAAGCCACCAAUGGUUUUGGCAGCAUGCAUGUGAACUAUACCCUCAUUGUGAUUGAUGAUGCAAGCUCAGGAAGAGAGAGUUUGGCACCUGAAGGUCCCAAUAGCGAAUCUGAAGAUCAUUCUGGAAAGCUUUGGGCUCGACCGAGGUUUACUCAGCCUGCCAAGAUGAGAAGGAGAGUGAUUGCCCGACCUGUUGGGAGUUCAGUCCGCCUGAAAUGCAUGGCUAGUGGAAAUCCUCGACCUGACAUCAGCUGGCUAAAAGACAACAAGCGUCUUACUCCACAGGAGAUUGGCGAGAACAAAAGGAAAAAAUGGACGCUGAAUUUGAAGAAUUUGAAGCCUGAGGACAGUGGAAAGUACACCUGCCGGGUGUUUAACAGGGUUGGGGAAAUCAAUGCUACCUAUAAAGUUGAAGUGAUACAGAGAACAAGAUCCAAACCAAUUCUUACAGGAACACAUCCUGUGAACACAACUGUAGACUAUGGGGGGACAACCUCCUUCCAGUGUAAGGUGAGGAGCGAUGUCAAACCUGUCAUUCAGUGGCUGAAGAGAGUGGAGUACGGCACUGAGAACAAAUACAAUUCCACCAUCGAUGUUGGGGGGCAGAAGUUUGUGGUGCUGCCCACGGGGGAGGUCUGGUCCCGUCCUGAUGGCUCCUACCUGAAUAAACUCAUGAUUACAAGAGCCAAAGAAGAGGAUGCCGGGAUGUACAUCUGUCUAGGUGCCAACACAAUGGGAUAUAGCUUCCGAAGUGCAUUUCUCACUGUGCUGCCAGAUCCCAAGCCACCCAGUCCGCCUGUGGCUCCUUCUUCUGCCAGCAGUCUUCCAUGGCCUGUGAUAAUUGGAAUCCCUGCUGGAGCUGUCUUCAUCUUUGGAACAAUCCUCCUGUGGCUCUGCCAAACGAAGAAGAAGCCAUGUUCUCCUCCCGCAGCACCUCCCAUACACAGGCCACACCCACGGGACCGGGUCUGUGUGUCCCAGGUUCCAGAUAAAGACUGCAUCUCCUCUUUAAACUAUGAGGAAUAUGUAGCAGCACAGCAGCAGCAGCAGCACUUGCUGACCCAAGGGUCUGCCCUGGCCCCAAAUAUGGCUUCCAAAAUGUACCCAAAGAUUUACACAGACAUCCAUACUCACACUCAUUCACACAUUGAAGGCAAAGUUCACCAGCAUCAGCACAUUCAUUACCAGUGUUAAAAAAGUUACAUGGUGCUUGUCUCGUGGUACUAUAAACAGACUUCUUUCAGUCAGCUUAUAUUGGAAAGGUGGGAAAUGAAACCAAAUUUAAACUAAACCACUUUUUCUUUUUUUAAAAAAAGCAGUUUUGGAGAGGGAUGUGUGGAAUAAGAGAUUUGUGGUUUGUUAUUAUUGUGACAAGGAAUAAUGAAGGAAUUCCCAAAGGACAAAGGCAGCCACUUGUGUCCCUGAGAAACUGGAAACUCCUGUUAUAAAAGCAAGAGGAACAAGAGAAGGGAAGCUGGGGCCUGGCCCUCUUCCCUCUCUGAUGCUGCCUCUGCUCUCUGGCCACCUGUUGAAGUGCAAGGCCCGUGUGAUUUCUUCCUUUGGAACACACACAAAAGCCCCUUUCCCUUCUAAGCGAGUAUAAGCAGGGAGACUGGAGGCCGGAUGCCAAAGCAGCACUUAGACCCUGAAGCAUUUGAGUGACAUUAGGAAGAAGAAAAAUGCCACCUUGACAGUUUCGGGGGUGGGGAGCGGAAUAUGUUUCCAUUUAAAGUUGUGGAACUGUAUAAUGCUGCCUGGUAGUUAGCAAUAAGCAAGCUAGUUGUGAAUGAGGGACCCUCUUUUGCCAGAGGGCCUUCCUGUAAACCUUUAAAGGGCUUAGCUCCCCCUCCCCCCACCUGCCACAAAAACAACAGACGUUAUUGUACAGCUGGCUUUUAUAUUUAUAUUUAAUUAUAACCAUGAUAAUAAUUGAGCUGCUGAUUUUUGUAAAAAAAAGAAUCCCAUCAUGCUGCCCUUGAGAUAAUCAGAUUCUCAGGAUUUAUAGUGGCCCGUUUCUGAGCUGACAAGUGAUAAUACAAAGCAUGUUAAAAACAGCUCUUAAAAGAGAGAGAAUAAAAUUCAACUCCAGUGAAUGAUGAAUUUGCUGAAUAUGCACUUGUGGAGGGGGGGAGAGGAGGGAGGGAAAGGGGUUUCAUUUUGUUAUUUAAUUCAGUUUUAAGGGGGAACACACAGCAAAAUCAGACCAUGUUAAAUAUCCAAAUGAACUAGAUAUGAAUCAGUCAAAGAUUUAAACCUUUUAAUUCUAUAUAGAGUUUAAACAGAAUACAUGUAUAUUUAAUUUAUUUUGUUAAAAAGAAAAAAUGUAUAUUUGUCUCAAAACCAGACAUUUCUAUACAUAUUUUUGAUCAAAAAUAAAGACUUUUUCCAGGUUGCUAUAGAUGUCAGGCUCUCAAAUAUAAGAAAUAUAGCUUUUAACAGUACUUAAUUGAGUAUCUUGAACGUGGUAUAUUUAUAUAGGUUGUUACAAUAGGUGUCUGUUCCUCUUUCUCUUGGCUCCUCUCCUGUGUUCUUUUCUGUCUUUGCUCUCAAGAUUUUUUUAAAAAACCUUGUUCUUUUUACAAAAGAAAGUGCGUUCUUUUCCAGCAAGAAGGGCCUUUUAAGCAAAAUAGCACUAUGGCUGAAUCUGGCAAUGCCAGGCUGACCAAUUCAGCCUGGAAGAACUAUAUCAGGUGAUCUUCAUUGAUUUCGUUCAUGAAACUGCCAAUCAUCAAAUAUUCAACAGAGAUGAAGUUUACUUCUAAAAAGAGAGCUUACGUUUGGGAUCUCCAAGGUUUAUAGUGGUGCAUCUUCAGUGAAACACAGCACCCUUGUCCAACAUGACUAGUGUUUCCAGAAGACCCUUUUCAGCACAAUAAAGGUGCAGUUAUUACUUAUGUGUUGCAAAGACACUUGUGUGUCCAUCCCGUCAUUUUUUUUUAAAUGUAGCGCUUCUGUUGUCUAGACAUUGCAUUUUCCCAGGAUUCAAACAAUAUAGUAUUUUGUUGCUGGGGAAAUACAAUUUCCUCCAUGUGAGAUUCAUUUGUGAGUGAAAUGUCAGACCCCUUGAUGUCACUGGAGAUGUGACACGGCUCCCUCACUCAGGUCUCUUAACAUGUUGAAACUUUUUAAUGAUUAUUUUUAAACAUUCUUCAAAAGUUCUGUGCUCCCUUCCUUUAUACUGUCACAGAGCUGCUAAUUAAACUUCAUUAAAAACUAAAGCAAACUGUAGAGGACAACACCAAGCUUCACUGGCACCUCCAUAUCAGAGGUUGAGAACAAUCUCUUUCCCUCUCAUAGCACCUGUGCUGUGCAAGAGAGCUGCCCCUUCCUCAGACAGAAAACACUGCUCACUUCCAUGCUACUCAGUAGGGAGGGUGGAUUAGGGGUUAUGAUAGAAAUGUGACACCAGUGUUCACACCAGCACCCUCUCAAAGCCUUUUAACUGCUACAACUAAGAGAGAGAAUAUACUGCCUAUGGAGUUCCAUGUAGGAGUGUGGCUGAUGAGUAGCCUGUUAUGGCCACAUCUUCCAAGUGGUCACUGCUAUGUUGCCAGUGUGCCAGUGCAUACAAGAUAAUGCAGGUGUAUCCAGUGUUUAACAGUGAAGUCAUAGAGAGUGGAGAGCAUUGGCGUUAAAUGAAAGUGCGAAGAAAAAUGAAAUGAAAUAACCUGCUUUGCAAUCCACAUCACAGGAUUGUGAUGGAUCACAAAUUGAAGUGUGAAUGGAGUGAUGAUAUCUUUCCUUUCACAGACUGUCUUAUCCAGGCCCCUAUGCUUAUUAGGAUGAUCAGUGUGCAUAUUUUACCCUCGUAUUAGCU